GUCACAAACUGAUGUAGCCAUUUAGCUAGUUGGAGAAGUAAAAUAGAUAAAUUAUACUAGUUUGUUUGGUAGGCCGAUUUCACUCUAAUUCAUUAUUUGAUAUUACAAACAAAAAUAGACUUACACCGGUAAACGCUUAAACGGCAAGAUGUGUUGGGAACGGGAUUGACUUGGGCACUGUCCUGUCCCCACGCCGGGUCCUCCAUGUCCAUGUUUCGGCUCCGAGCUGUGACUGGGAGCCGCUACCUGCGCAGUUUUUUGCAUGGGGGAGCAGCGAACCGGGACUAUGUUCUGGAGCAGCUUGGCAUCUGCUCUGGUGAAGACCAAGUGUUGGAGGUGGUGGGCAAGAACAAGGCCAAGCUGACUGUGAACCAUGUUGGCUGUGCCAUAGGCAUGCUCUGGCAUUUCCAGAAGGAGAAGCCACAGAUGCUGAGAACGGUUGAGUUCAUCAAAAGCCACCCAGAGUUCCUGACUCUCCGGGUGCUGGCUGAGAACAAAAUUGAGCUCAUGGAUGAUGUCAUGUUGGUGGACAUGCUCUACAAUGUUCUCAGGCUCAAUGUGGAACCAUAUGAUUCUCUUGCUCAGCAAUUGGUCUCAGAGGCCUGGCUCAGAUUAUACAGAUUUCCAAUGCCAUCACUGUCCAAGUUUGCUGUCUGCCUAAGUGAUCAACAUCUGCAGCACAGUCCUCCAAUGGGUCAAAUCACUGACAUUUUGGAUCAGAAACUCUCCUCAAUUGAUGAUGCCAGGAUCCUGACAACCCUCAUGGUCAGCGUGUCAUCUUUGGUGUCCCCUCAUCUGCGGGAUAAACUCAUCAAUAAGGCAGAUCAUCUCCUUGACACCAUGGAUCCCUCACACUACAACAACCCCAGGAGGAUGGUGCAGUUCCUGCGCAACAUCAAGUAUAAUUACCGUCCCCUGCUGGAGAAGUGCAACCACAUUCUCCUGCGCAAUGUUCCCCACCUAAAUGCAGAGAACAUAAGCAUCAUCCUGGGGCUCUACCAGUCAAUGCAGUUCAACAACUGUGACUUCCGUCUGGCUGCAAAACAGAGGCUAAUGGAACUCGUGGAUUCGAGCGCAGACCCUUUCUCCUUCACCAAGCUGUUUGUUGCUCUUGGGCCUAUGGCAGGGGAGGACACCAAAGAGAGGUUGGAGAGUACAGCACUGCUACUGGCAGAAGAUUUUAAUGCCCAGCAGGCCCUAGCUGUGGCAGAGACACUAGAGGAGAUUCAGUGUAGAAACCUGAAUCUGAUCCAAAAGAUUGCAUCAGUAGUCCACAAGAACCUGCAUGUCUACAAGCCCAUGGAGAUAGCCAGGAUCACACAAGCCCUGAUCCUGCUGCAUUACCAGAGUCCAGAGCUCUUCAAUAAAUUAAGGAACAUUCUGGUUCAGUUCUUGCUGGACAGUGUCUACCCAUAUGAAGUGACCAUGCUGACUCGUGUUCUCUCCAUGCUGCCUUCACCUCGACUCGACGAAAGCGUCAUUUCACGGGUGGAGGCAGUGCUGCCCCAGUGUAAUCUGAAUGACCUGAACACCUUUGCAAUGGCCGUCGCUAAGUGGGUGCGAAAUGACCCGUCCUACCGACACAGUACGCCCAGCAAGUAUGUGCGUCUGCUACAGACACUGAACCGCUGCGGGCAUGAACGCCUGCGCAAGGCUGAUCGCCUGGACUUGGUGUUGGAGGAGCUCAAGUACAUGUCAGGGGAAUGGUUUGAGGAGAUGCUGCUGGAGGAGACCAUGGUUACACUCCAGAGGUUGGAGGACCAGAUAUCCUGGACCAAUGUGCCUGAGAUGGCCCUUUUCCUGACCAGGACUAAUCACCUCUGUACUCCAUUAAUGGACCGCAUCGCUAGCGUGGCCAUGGAGAAUAUCAACAAGAUCCACUACUCAGCGACUUAUGCCACCUUGCUGCCCUUUGCUGUACUGAAUUAUGAUCCACCAAGGGUGGAUGAGCUGUUUGACAUCUGCAUUCAGCGCGUCAUACCUCAUAUCAGUUCCUUUGACCCCCAUCUGCUUGUACUUCUUGCAUAUGCCCUGGCUGUGGCUGACUGCUUCCCGGAGGACCUGGUUCGAGAAAUCUUCAAUGUGAAUUUUCUUGCCAAGUUGGAUUCCCAGUUAGAAACCCUGCCUGACGCCCUCAACAAGCGUGUCCGCCUGCGUCUCAUGGAGCUAAAUCGGGCUGUGUGUCUAGAGUGUCCAGAGUCCCAGGUUCCCUGGUUCCACGAGCGUUACUGCCUACAGUUACAGAAGAAAGGGAAUGGUUCCAUCAGUCCUGUCCAACAACAAAUCCACAAAAUGUUUGGGGAAGUUCUUGGAGGGAUUAAUUGUGCCAGAGUGGCAUUGCUCACUACUUAUUUCUACACAGUAGACUUUGAAUGUGUUCUGGACAGACACCACCAGGCGGUGGCCUACAGUGAGCAAAGUCAGCUGCAGAUAUCUGGAGAUGGAAAGGUCCGCUGGGGUUCUGACUCUGUAGGGAAGGAUCGGAGUGAGGUCCCUCCAGGGGCACAACGUGUUGCUGUGGACUUCUUGGAUUCCAAAUCCUUCUGCAAAAACUCUCGUCACAUGAAAGGGGAAGCAAUGAUGAGAAAGAGACAUCUGGAGAUUCUGGGAUAUCAUGUUGUCCAGAUCCCUCAUUUUGAAUGGAACUCUAUGGAGCUCUCCACACAGGAUGCAUGGAAGGAAUACCUUAGGAAGAAGAUAUUUACUGGGCUUCCCUCAAGCACCUAGAUGUUGAAUGAAGGACACGUGUUAUAUUGCUUUUGCUACUGAACCGUGAGAGAAAAAGUUUUUAGAAAUGUAUAUUUGCAGGCAGGUCAUUGACAAUUGUUUUUAAGCAUCAGAUGUUUAUCAAGUGCUCCUUAUUGCCUACUCCAAAGCCUAAAGUGGACAUGGAGCUACCUCAUCUCCUGCCAAGAAAAAUUGUAUCAGGCUUUUUAUAUGAACUGUAGCAUUUGUCAAAUAAUAAUUU